AUGGGAGCAAAGAUUGUGUUGCAGAAGUUGUAUGGGAGGCCCCUGCUCUCGGCCCCUGCUCCUGCUCCCCGUCCCUGCUUACCCCUGCUCCCCGACACAGCUCCUGGCUCCUGCUCCCCGUCCCUGUUUACUCCCCACCCCUGUUUAGCCCUGCUCCUGCUCCCUGCUCAUCCUCCCCACCCCCUGCUCUUCACCCCCUGCUCCUUGCGUCCCUGUUUACUCCCCACCCCUGCUUACCCCUGCUCCUGCUCCCUGCUUACCCCUGCUCCCUGCUCCUGUUCCCUACCCCCUGCUCCCCGAUCCCUGCUCAUGCUCCCUGCUUCCCCUGCUCCCCGCUCCCCGCUCCCUGUCCCUGCUCCUGCUCCCUGCUUACCCCUGCUCCCUGUCCAUGCUCGCUACCCCCUGCUCUUCACCCCCCUGCCCACCGGCCUUGUUCCCCGCCCCCUGCCACGGCCCUGUGAGUCAGAGAGCGCUGAUGAGCCGGUGAUUAUACGUGUGCCGGGCCUCCUCAGUAGUUCAGUUGGCGGAUUUUAG